AUGCGUUUCCAUGCGGCCAUUGCCCUUGCAGCAUGUCUCGCUCCGGCAGCUGCCGUUUUCGAGGACGACGCUUAUCACAUUGACUUCCACUAUGCGCUGCUAGGCCUUCCUGCACCAGAGGCCACCUUCUUCCAGAAGCCCUAUGCCGGCUCCAAGGCAUCUCUGCUGUAUUCCAUCUCGCAGAACCAGACCAUCGGCGCCAUCAACCCCAAGGACGGCGCAUUGGUCUGGCGCCAACACUUGGCCUCGCAGCCCGGCCAAAAAGGACACCUGCGCUCCGGAAACGAGCAAGAUACCGUCAUCAGCGCUGUUGGAAACCGCGUAACCGCAUGGAGCGCUUCCGACGGCCGGCUCGUGUGGGAGACUAGCAUCGAGGGCGCCGCAGUCGAGGAUCUCGAGAUACUGGAGCAGGAAGAUGGCAUGACCAUCAGCGCGGCCAAAGACGCCAUUGUCCUUACUACCGACGGCAGCAGCAGUGUCAAGAGGCUCGACGGCAAGACUGGUCGCGCCAAAUGGACCUUCGAGGAUACCAGCGGAGAUACGCCCUUCCAGGUCUCGACCUCACCCACCACCAUCUACUACAUCGCCCUCCACACGCCCCUGCUCGGAGGCUCCAAGCUCCGCGUCACGUCCCUCAACCCCAUUACCGGCAAGAGGCUUGACCAAUACACCCUCAACUCCGACACCGAGAUAUCUUCGCGCGACCGCAUCCUGUUCGCUGGAGCCAACACAGCUGCCCCACUACUGGCGUGGACCGACAAGGCGAACAAGGUGCUGAAAGUGAACAUCAUCGGCUCCAAGGCUGUAUCGACCUUCAACACGCCAGGGGACGAAGUAGUAGAGCGCAUCGUCCUGCAUGCUCCCAACCACAUCAACUCGCUCGCCCAUUUCCUCGUCGAAUACCAAACCGCCGUCGGUCAUUCCGCCCAAGUCUACCACGUCGACCUCAACAAGCAAACCAUCUCCAAAGCCUACAGCCUCCCAGAGCUUAAGGCCAAGGGAACAUUUGCUACAAGCACAUCCGACGCCAACGUCUACUUCACCAGGCUUACCGAAGACGAAGUCACUGUCUUCUCUUCUGUCUCGCACGGCGUAUUAGGUCGCUGGAACGUCAGGGGCUCUCCGGCACUUGCCGGCGCCUACCCUGUGCAUGGUCAGUCUGAGGUUGUCCUGAAGUCUGGCGUCGCUAGCGCUGUACGGUCCGCUGUCCUGUACUCCAACGGACAGUGGGCACUCCUGCGAAACGAUGAAAUCGCCUGGACCCGGCCCGAGUUUUUGUCGGGCACUGUCUCUGCAGUCUGGGCCGGCCUUCCCGAGGAGGAGGCCUUGGCACAAGCACUUGCCGAUGAGAGCCACCGUAACCUCGUCUCCGCUUACAUCCACCGUGUGCAGAGGCAUAUCGAAGAUCUGAAGUACUUCCCAGAAUGGGCGCAGAAUAUUCCCCAGCGCAUUCUGGGUAGCGUUGUUGGCAAGCCCAAGGAAACCACAGUCGACGAUAUACAACAAGAUACCUUUGGCUUCCACAAACUGGUUGUCGUCGCCACCAAGACGGGUCGCAUCGCUGCCCUCGAUGUUGGAUCGCGGGGCAAGGUCAUGUGGAACAUGGAUCUUGGCCAGUUUGCGCCUGAUACAAGCUUCCAAAAUCCGACUCUGAAGGCACACAGUGGCUACGUUGAAGUGAGGGAUGCCAGCUUCCAGGGCUCGCUGUUCAUCAAUUCGACGACUGGUGGCCUUAUUUCUCCCGACAAGAUCAAGGUUGAGGCUCCCCUCGUUGCCAAGGGACAAGAGCUUGUUUCUUUUACCUUGGUUGAUGAUACUCUGAAAGGCUAUCUGGAAAGUAAGCCUGGUUCCGAACCAGUAUGGAGUUUCACGCCACCUGUUGGAGAGAAGAUCGCUAGCUACGUCGCCCGACCAGUCAAGGAUCCCGUUGCGUCUAUUGGCAAAGUGCUAGGAGACAGGAGGGUACUAUACAAGUACCUGAACCCCAACCUUGUCCUAGUUACGGCAGUCGUUGAAUCUGCGCGGUCCGCUUCCAUCUACUUGAUUGACUCUGCAUCCGGACAAGUACUACACACCAUGUCACAUAACGACGUUGAUACCACGAGACCCAUACCAGCGACCGUCUCAGAGAAUUGGUUUGCGUACGCGCUGACUAUCGAUGCUGCAUCUGGUGCUUCAUCUCGUGGCUACCAGCUUGUCGUUUCUGAUCUUUACGAAUCUCCUCUCCCUGACGACAGAGGACCAUUGGGCGCUACAUCUAACUCUUCCACUGUGCAACCCUCUGGCUCGAAUGGAGAUGCCGCCAAGCCUUACGUGAUAUCUCAGAGUUAUCAGGUAUCAACAGAGAUUACACACAUGAGUGUUACGCAGACCAGACAGGGCAUCACCAGUCGCGAACUCCUUGUAACUGUACCUGCAGUCAACGCUAUCAUUGGUAUUCCACGGACGGUCAUUGAUCCUCGCCGACCAGUCGGGCGUGACCCCACUGCGCAAGAAGCUUCUGAAGGUCUCGUCAAGUAUACGCCUGUCAUCAACUUCGACCCGAAAUGGCACCUUACCCACAAGUAUGAGGUUCUGGGUAUCGAGAACAUCAUCACGAGCGAGAGCGGAAUUGAAAGCACUAGUCUGGUCUUUGCCUAUGGCUUGGACAUCUUCGGUACACGAGUUGCACCCAGUUUUGCCUUUGAUAUCUUGGGCAAGGGCUUUAACAAGAUUUCCAUGCUUCUUACUGUGGUUGGAUUGUUUGUUGGAGUCUUGUUUGUCGCGCCUUUGGUCAAGCGAAAGCAGAUCAACACCAUGUGGACAAUGUGA